AUGGCCGACCUAGUCAACGGCCAGGGCAAUGACGCCCUUCGAGCCCCUACCCCGCCAAUGGCCCCGACCGACGAUUACGUCUUCCCAGAAUGUCGCCUCAAGCGUGUGAUGGACGAUCCGGAGAAGACGCCUCUGCUGCUAGUGGCUUGUGGGUCGUUCUCGCCCAUUACCUACCUACAUCUGCGAAUGUUCGAAAUGGCUGCGGACUAUGUCAAACUGAGUACCAAUUUUGAAAUCAUCGGUGGAUAUCUGUCCCCUGUCUCAGAUGCAUAUCGUAAGGCUGGGUUGGCUAGUGCAGAACACAGAAUUGCAAUGUGUCAACGCGCAGCGGACCAGACCUCUAACUGGCUCAUGGUCGAUACAUGGGAGCCGACGCACAAACAAUACCAGCCAACUGCCAUCGUGCUAGACCAUUUUGACUAUGAAAUCAACACUGUACGACAAGGAAUUGAUACCGGAAAUGGCACCCGCAAGCCAGUCCAGGUUGCCCUGUUAGCCGGUGCUGAUCUGGUUCAUACCAUGUCCACCCCGGGGGUUUGGAGCGAGAAGGAUCUUGAUCAUAUUCUUGGGAAAUAUGGGACUUUCAUUGUCGAGCGAAGCGGUACCGACAUUGAUGAGGCACUGGCCGCAUUGCAGCCGUGGAAGAAGAACAUCCAUGUCAUCCAACAGCUCAUUCAAAAUGACGUGAGCAGCACAAAGAUCCGUCUGUUUUUGAGGCGUGAUAUGAGCGUCCGCUACCUCAUCCCUACUCCCGUCAUUGAAUACAUCGAGCAACACAAUUUAUACAGAGACGAUUCCUCAGCGGCGCCACCAGCGGACAAAGAGAAAAAACGCGAGGAGCCUGGAGCAUCUAGUUAA